UUGUUUCGACAAGAAUGGUUAAAUUGAUUGGGCUACGCGAUUUUAUCAAUUGAAAUCCGUUCGAUUUCAAUUCCAGUUAAGACAUUGAAAAAUGUUUGUGUGAUCACGUUUUCAAUUUAAAUUCAUUAAAAACGAUUAGGCCAGAAACAAACUUCCAAUGUUUUGAUUUUGUCGGAUGGUUUCGGUUAUGUGUUUUUGUUCAAAUAAAUAUUUCGAUGAAAAAAAAUUUGUUGCAGAAAAAUUGGUGCAUUGAUUUUUCCUACAAAAAAAGUGUUUUGUUUCAUUCCUUUUGAAAUGGACUCCAAUGUGCUAAUCUAAAAACGAUGUGCAUUCAUUUCGAUUUAUAAUAAACUCAAAUGUUGUUGCACCGAUUGGAAUUUAAUACAGUGACAGUGCAGUGCAAAUAAAUCGAUAUGAAGACCAAAUUAAUUGCUUUGAUGUGGAGAGGUCAUGCAUCUGUUGAUCCAAGAUUUUCGGCAGCUAUGUUGCCGUGGACAAUAUCGGAUAUAUGUACAAGGGAGUCGUAUGAAAAGCUAUCUGUAGGCAUCGACAAUGGUGUACUGGAAACGUACAAUUGUGAUUUUGAAUUGCAAUUUGCCCAUCAAUUAAAAUACAUUGUUGGCAUGUGUAAGGUGACCGCCCGUCGAUCCACAAACGGAUUGAAAAACAAAUUCACUGAUUUUUCAAUUGUCUCAACUGGCAAUAAAUCAUCGACUGGCGAUGGAACGAUAAUGCAAAUUGUUGGACCGCAGCAUGGUAUCGUUUAUUUAAUGAAAGAUCCCAGAGAUCCGUUGCUGCAUAUUUAUUUGUUCGAAAGUGACUGUAUUGAAGAGAUGACCGAAUUGAUGCAUCAAAUGCGCGACCCGAGUCAAACGCUUGGCGGAUCAGUUGGCAGCAUACCAUCGUCGUUCGUUUCAUCCGGAUCAAAUGACAUGACACUGCAGAAGGCGCUGCAAGGCCAAGGUGUCCAUUCGACACCCGCUUCGAAUCUGAAACAAACGGAGGCAGUACGUUUCGCCCAGCAUGAUGGCAGUCCGUCGUUAACAUCCACGAAAAUGGCCUCAUCGAAAAGUUAUACGAGUGGAUUGAAUCAUUCGGCUGGCACGGUAUGCGCUGGUGGUGGAACGUCGUCAUCGGCGACUGUUGGUUAUGUUGAUAUAUCGCCGAAUAACACUCAGUUCUUUGAAGUGAUGUAUGUGGGAAAGAUUAAAGUUUCACACAAACGAGUGCCGCACACAUUUAUCGACGACGCUUUACCGAAGUUCAAAGCUUACGAUGCACAGAAAAUUAAAUUACAGACUGAGGCAGCUAGAAGGCUUUCAAUAGCUACUGUGGAAAUGGACAAUCUAUCCAGACGCAAUUCAAAUGAUUCGUGUUCAGAUGAGGACAGACUGCGAAUGAACGGAGACGAUCAACAGCAACACGAGGCAGAUGCGGAAGAGUUUAAGGAUAAAAUUCUAAACACAAAACUGAAUGAGGAGAACAAGGAGAACAGCCUUCCAACAAAGCGAAAACUGUUACGCGGUCAGAGUCAAGUGGUGCUUCCUGUCAUCAAUGACGAGUCUGCUCCUCUGCCAUCACCUCCGCCACCGAGAGUGGUUGAGAAUAUUGAAACUGUACCGAAGCAACGAGACCGUUCGGCAUCGAUUGGUUCAGUACCGUUAGCCGAACAGAAUCGAACGAUGGUAUUUCUGAUUGGCAAAACUGAUCUGCGCUUGAUCAGUCCGGACAGAAAACAAGUGUUGCUGUACAAAGAAUUGAAAGACGUUGCGUCAUGUGCUCAGGGUCACAAGAGCGGCGAUCAUUUCGGCAUUAUAUGCCGUGAACAGCAUAGUGACGGCUACAUUGGCUAUGUGUUCAAAUGUAAGUCCGAAUCGGUAGCCGAUGAUAUUGUGGCAACAAUAUCGCAAGCGUUCUUGUCGUGCUCGAAGUCAAAGAGCAAAGAGAAUCAAAUUUUUUCGUGCGAACAUUGUCCGAUGCUGUGGUACCAUAAAUUGUGUGCGGACGUUGAAGGAAUGUCGGAGAAAAAGACCCAGACGGUGAUAUUUCGUCGAAUCGAUUUGUUGUCGGAGGAAGAGCAGAAUGUGAUAUGGGCCAAGUAUUACGGUGCCGAAGAGAUGGCCGACCAUAGUGUGGGCGAACAGAAUCAAUUUUUGAUGAUGUUGUUACGAGCGCAUUGUGAGAGUAGACAGCAGAGACAUGUUCAUGACACUGCCGAAAAUCGAUCAGAGUUUUUGAAUCAGUACUUGGGCGGCAGCACCAUAUUUAUGAAAGCCAAGAGAUCGUUGACCAGCUCGUUCGAUCAUUUGCUGAAGAGGAAGAAUAGCAAGGACGAUUUCGCCGCGACUGUAAAGGAAAUGCAAUCGAAGGAUAACUCGACGGAAUCUGGAAGCAAAAAAUCCGAUUCGGAUGGUAUACGUCCCAGGACAUCGUCCUUCGGUUCAACACCAACAUCACGUUCCAAUUCUGAACAAUUGAAGUCACCCAUGAUGGAUAUUUUCAUUAAAGUCGGCAACAGUCCCAAGGAGAGUCAGAACCAUGCAAGCUCAUGGCGCCAGGAAAUGCUUAAUCGGGUCGUCACACCAUCGAAAAAUGCAGACACCGAACACGAAUACAUGUCACCUCGACGCCAUCGUCGCACCAAGAAGCAACGUCACGAGAAGCGAUCCACUGAAGAGCUGCGUCAACUUUGGCGAACAGCUAUCCGACAAACGAUUCUUCUUGCGCGAAUGGAAAGGGAAAAUGCUCGACUGCAGGCUCGGCAUGACGAACACGAAUUGAAAAAGAUUAAAUUGGACUACGACGAAAUUAUACCGUGCGACAAGCAAGCGGUCGACCAUUGGGAAACGUUCAUCGGUAAACAGCUGCGGAUAUCGAACAAGAGGGAUCCGAAAGUGUUGUUGCAAGCCAUUAAAACAGGUGUACCACGUUCGGCUCGCGGUGACAUCUGGAUGUAUUUGGCCAAUCAGUUUUCGAUGAACACCGCACCCGUUGAUGUCAAGGAAUUUCCUAAUUUCGACACGCCGUACAAAGUUCUGCUGAAAAGUUUGACCGACCAUCAGCACGCCAUUUUCAUUGAUUUAGGUCGCACAUUCCCCAAUCAUCUGUACUAUAAAGCGUCGCUUGGUGUUGGUCAGCUGGCCCUGUUUAACAUCUUGAAAGCGUAUUCCAUUUUAGAUCCUGAAUUGGGCUACUGCCAGGGAUUAGGAUUCAUUUGCGGGGUUUUACUGCUGCACUGUGAGGAAGAGGAGGCUUUCAACUUACUGAAGCAUCUGAUGUUCAGAAGACAAAUGCGAACGAAAUACUUGCCAGACAUGAAGCAAUUCCAGCUUCAAUUGUACCAAUUGUCGCGUCUGGUUCGCGAUCACAUUCCCGAUUUGUAUACCUGGCUCGAUGAAAAUGAUGUGCCGCCCACAUUGUAUGCUGCCCCAUGGAUACUAACCGUUUUCAGUUCGCAAUUUCCACUGGGAUUCGUCACGAGAGUUUUUGAUUUGCUGUUCCUCGAAUCGCCAGAGGUAAUUUUCAAAGUGGCAGUUGCCCUGCUUGACGUCCACAAAGACGAACUGCUGAAGCGGGACAAUUUCGAGGAGAUCAUGGACUACAUCAAGAAUGUUAUACCACAAGUGGAUGCGGUCACAUUGGACCGGGUAAUGAAAGAUGUUUUCUCGAUGGACAUUCGGAAACAGUUGUCCGAGUAUCAAGUGGAGUACAAUGUGCUUCAAGAGGAAAUCACGACCACCAAUCACCAUUUGGAAUCACUUAAUCGCGAAAAGGAGAACAACCACCAUCUGGAGACACAGUUACAGUUUGCUCAGUCCAGUAUUGCGCAACUGGAAAAAACGAGAUCGUCGCAACAAAGUCAAAUCCAAGCCUUGCAAACACAAGUCCAAAGUUUGGAAGUGACGGUGGAGGCACUCGGUCAAUAUUUGUCUCAGCUUAUCGACAAAAAUCAUGAAAUCGAAAUGCCUGGUGACGUCCGACGAAUCGUUCAGUACAUUCAAUCGACCGAACCGCCCCGCAAGAAACCGAUUUUCGUUGAACGUAAAAUUGGCAAAUCGAUGUCGGUGAACUCCCAGCUGGGUUUCCCGCUGAAAGUGCUCGAGGAACUGAACGAAAAUCUGGACAAAGAUCCGGCCUCACCAGUCAAAUCGACCAAAACGCCAUUCUUCGAGAACACCUAUCAACAGAUACGGCAGCAAAGUCGCAUGCGACCCACCCGUUUAGAUCCCAGCGACACAAUCAAAUUGCCGGAACAUAUCGAAAAAGCAAUCGAAAAUCUGUCAAGAAGCCCCAGAGACAUGGACAGCGGCAUAUCGAUGAGCCCGAUGACACCGAUGAGUCCGCCAUCACAGGCGCUGGUCAUCGACGAACGGGUCGAAGAGACUGAUCCGACGCCACCAAUGCAUCCGUUCAGUAACUGCGAAGACGUCAAUUUCACAUUCAAUGGAACCACACAGCUGAAAUCGAUACGUUCGCAUCAUGGCCAUCAAUCCAACACGGCGAAGGCGGCUAAAAGUGACGCGACUCAGUCGGAGACGAGUCAAGCAUUGGCACCGAAUGGACGCAGUUAACGACAACUGUUCGGCUACGUUUUGGACCUGUUUAGAAUGCAAAGAGCUUUGGAUUGAUGCUAACGAAAUUGGUAGUUUAAUUGUCGUUGGCUGUGUGUGUGUGUGUGUGUGUGGUUGGUUUAUAUAGAUGACGAAAUGUUUAGCACGCGUUUGCGUGUCAUGAACAGUUUUGAAAACUUGUUUUGUUUGUUUGUUUUUUCUAAAUUAUUUUUGUUAACGAGGCCUGUGGUUUGUAGUUUUGAUAUUAAUUUCUGCUUACACGCAAACGAAGUGAUUUUUUUUUACUUACCAAUUAGAUUACGUUCUUAAGUACCACACUCUCUCUUUAGCUAUAUAUCCCACACAAUAGCUUUCUCAUUAAUGUUAAAUCGUACGAUGGUAUGUUUAAGGAUAAAUUUACUUAGAUAAAAACAUGACAAAAAAAUGUGUUUGUUGUCCCCGCAUUAAAUCCAUGUAAAACGAAUUCGUACUAUUCGCUGGUUGCAAAACUGUAUUGCAUUCAAAAGAGACGGCGGUGGUACCAUCUGCGAUAAAAUUGAAUUAGCAAAGAAAAUGUAUUGUAAUUCGUAUAGGCUUAGGCAAGCCUUUCUUUGAUAAAUAAAUAAAUUUCAAGAAAAA